AAGAAUCACAUACAGAGUUUCUUGUUUCUAAGCCUGCCUUAUUUUCUUCCUAUAGUUAGGCUGAUAGAUUAAAGAGAAAGGAAAAGCAAAAAAAUCCAUUUACACUCUGAAACUCCACAAAUCUUAAAGAAGAGAUUUUGAAUCUCCAAGAUCUCAACACUGAUAAUAACGUUGUUGAGAAUUCAGGUCUGCAGAGUGAUUUAGUUUUUACUUUGUUUUCUUUAGUGGAUGGAAUUAGCAUACAUCAACAGAUUUCUUAGCUUCCCUCUCUGGUAAGUUCUAGUCUCUUUUUCGUUUACUUGUUCUUAAUUUCAUACUGUUUUGCCGCGCAGAAUUCUUGGUUGGAUGUUAAGAACCUAAGUUUAUACGCAGAUUUUUUCUUUUGUCCAGAAUUCCAAAAGAGGGCGGAGGCGAGGACCGGUUGCAUCACCAUUCUUAAGUGGAUAUGGACUCAAGUGAAUCGUCCGUUCAGUUACAUGGUCGAAAAUUCACAAGAUAAUCAAGUAGUGGUUGACAUGGAGGCCUCUGCAUCUCUUCCUUCUUCAUCGUCAGCAGUACAAGAUAAUCAAGUAGUGGUCUCAAUGGCCUCCUCUGCAUCUCUUCCUUCAUCCGCUGAAUCAUCAUCAUCAUCAACAGCUCGUCCGUGCAAGUAUGAUGUUUUUUUGAGUUUCAGGGGUCCUGACACUCGGAGGGGAGUUACUUCUCAAUUAUAUGAUCAGCUGCAUAACAAGAGAAGAAUUGCAACAUUCAUGGAUGAUCGAGAUCUUGAAGUAGGGGAUGCUAUAUCUCCCACUCUACUAAAAGCAAUUGAAGAAUCAAGGUUUGCAAUUGUUGUCCUUUCUCCAAACUAUGCCUCUUCUACUUGGUGUUUGGAGGAACUUGCGAAGAUCUGUGAGUGCAUGAAAGACCAGAACAGAAUUCUUCCACUUUUCUAUAAUGUCGAGCCUACUAAUGUACGGUUCCAGAAGAGGAGUUUCGAAGAAGCUUUCAACAAGCAUGAAAGCUCUGGGCGACACACAUCAGAAAAGGUGCAGCGGUGGAAGGAUGCUUUGAGCAAAGUGGCCAGUUUCUCUGGGUGGGAUUCAAACAAUUUCAAGCAAGUACCUUGAUGAGAUUACUCUAUUUCAGUUAUCUGAGAUUUAUGCUCACAGCUUUUGGAUGUGUUAUUUGACCCUUAAUUAUUCCUUCCUUGUAGAACUGAUACAGAACUUGUGGAGAAAAUUGUGGAUUCUGUGUUCAAAAGAAUACAACCUUUUGAUGUUGAGUU